AUGGCCCAUCAUGUCUCCUCCUGCUUCCCGCGUAGCUCCGUGAAUCUGCAGGACCUGACCAUCCAGCUGGGAGAGUCUGUCCUGUACACCAAUCCCCAAGACUCCGUCUCCACAGCCGUCAUCAGCAUCGUCCGGCACCCCUCCUUCAACGGGAAUGUGCUGCAGGGCAGCGACGUGGCCCUGGUGAAGCUGGCAUGCACCGUGCCCUUCUCCUGCACCAUCAGAUUGGUCCCUCUGGCCUCACCAGGCUCCUACUUCCUGCUGGGCACCCUCUGCUGGGUGACUGGCUGGGGGGACCUCAGGCAGAAUGUGGCUCUGCUGGAGCCCCCACCGGCUGCAGGAGGUGGAUGUGAGCAUCAGCAGCCUGCAGGGUGCCGCAGGUUCUACCGCCCAGAGCCCAUUGCCAAGGAGAUGCUGUGUGCUGGCUAUUUCCAGGGCCAGAAGGGCUUCUGCGAAGGUGACUCCGGAGGCCCCCUGGUCUGCCAGCUCCAGGACAAGCGCUGGGUGCAGGUGGCAGUGGUGAGCUCCAUCAGGGGCUGCGUUGAGCCCAGCCUCCCGGGGGUGUAUGCCAGGGUCUCUGCCUACCAGCCCUGGAUCCAGCACCAAGUGUUCCUGCCAGGGCACCUGCACAGGGGCUGA